AUGAUUAUGAGGUAUUUGAAGAGAACAAAGGAUUAUAUGCUCACAUAUAUCAGAUUGGAUCAGUUAGAGAUCAUAUGGUACUUCGAUUCUGAUUUUACUGGAUGUCAAGAUAGUAGGAGAUCCACAUCAUGCUAUAUCUAUCUACUAGUUGGAGGAGCUAUUUCCUGGAAGAGUACCAAUCAGACACUCACAGCUUCUUCUACCAUAGCAGCAGAGUUUGUAGCAUGCUAUGAGGUAUCUAACCAUGGAAUAUGGCUACGAAAUUUUAUCACUGGGCUACACAUUCUGAAUGGCGUAGAAAAACCGCUAAAGUUAUAUUGUGACAAUAACUCAGCAGCUAUAUAUUCCAAUAACAACAGGAGCUCAUCUAAAUCAAAACACAUUGAAAUUAAGUUUUUGGUUAUGAAGGAAAGAGUACAAAGUGGACAGUUUCCAUAG